AUGUUCGAUAAGUGGCAAGAGAGCAUUCCAAAAAUCUCGGGAGAAAUCAUGGCCGUCCUCCUUUGGUGGAUCGACAUCUGCGCACCAGGAUGGGGCACCAUCGGAUCAUCAUGCCUCGGAGACCCCAACGUCAUCAUGGACCAAGUCAUUUGUGGAAUCCUUCAGAUCAUCACUUCGAUGUGCCUUGUUGGAUGGUUCUGGUCUGUCUGGUGGGGAGCCCUCAUCUACAAGAAGCACUGGGGUUAAACAAUAGGAGUAAAUGAAUUUAAUUCUGUUUAAAUCUUGAUCCAAUCGCGUUUGUUACAAUAAUCGUUAUUUUGCUAAUUCAAGAGGUAUAAAAUUU